AUGCAUGUGAGUUGUCUGAUUCGCAGUUUGAUCGAGCCUUCGCUUCUAGCCGACAAUCACCAAUUCGACUUGCCAGAGCGUGCUUUCAGUCUGGCUGUGCAAGCAGCCAAGCUUCUGGAGAAGCUCAUUACAUACGUGGCCUCCCGUCGGCUGUAUGGAUGGGAGCCGAUUUGUAACCAAGACGACAGCCUACGUGAUUGUCUAUCUCGCAAGGUGGGGUUUCAAGGCUGUUUCCAGAGCCGAAUCACCUCUUUACUUAAGCUUCCAUUAGUCACGGUUUGCAAGGUUUGCGUUAAUUUCAGCGCAAUAAACUUCUUGAGGCUGGGUAUCGCAAAAUGCCAUCCAGUCCAAUUUCGAACUUGCUUGGGUCUAUCUGGAGCCUCGAACCAGAUCCAAGACCGGCUCCAAUCGGUCAAAAGACGCAAUAAAUUGAAUGGCAUUCUACCGGCCUCGGUAACCAGAUUUGAGGCAAGAUGGCGGGAAUCAGAUGGCCUCACAACAUUCAUCAUUAUCAAUGGCAACAUGUUCAAAGCGGUGGUAGUUUUGAUGCAAAAGGCCGCAAAUGAGUUAAGCAUUGUGCCAUAA